AUGAUGUAUCAGCUUGUAGGAACAUCAUUUCUCUUGAAUCAGCUGCUGUGGCACACUAGUGAAACCAAGUGUGGGGAAGAUGAAUAUGUGAUCAAUGUAAUGAUGCUAAAUGACUUUGAUAAUCCAGUGAUAUCAGAGAACUUAAAACCAACUGUAGAACUGGGGCUCAGAAUCGUGAAUAAAAUUCUGAAAGAAAACAACAUGACUGUCAAUGUAAGUGCUACAUAUGAUGUGUUCAACACAUCUAUCUAUUCCUCACAAGGGUGCCGCAGUACCACUUGUGAAGGUGUGACAUUUGUUAAACAGCUCAAUGCUUAUCAGAAACUUGGUUGUGUUGUCCUGGGUCCUAUGUGUUCAUUUGCCACAUAUGAGUUGGUCACAUCAGAGAAUAUAUUGGAUCUCCCUCUGAUUUCUAUUGGGAGUUUUGGUCUGUCUUGUGACUUCAAAAAAAACUUAACAAGGAUGUUAACACCAACUAGGAAAGUGACCUACUUCUUGAUUGAUUUCUGGAAAAAUAGCGAUUUGACAUUCAAAAAGGACGUGUGGAGAUCAGUUUAUGUCUAUAGGAAGAAUGACAUCAAUGAAGACUGCUACUGGUAUAUGAAUGCCCUAGAUGCUUCAGUUACAGAUUUCUCACAAUACAUGGAGUUCAAGGAAAUUCUAAGGACCCCAGAAGAUUUGCAAAAAAUUGUGAAAAGUUCAGAUCGAAAAAGCAAUGUAAUCAUCACAUGUGGUACUCCAGAUGAUAUCAAAAUAGCCCUUGGGGACAAAGGAGUGGAUGAAGAUAUAGUUUUCAUCCUGAUGGAUCUUCACAGUAACAUUUCUUAUGAAAAUAGUCGCUCUGAUAGUUACAUGCAAAAUGUCCUUGUUCUGACUCUUGCACCAGCAAAUUACAGCUCAAUUUUAAAUCAUAGUAGGACUUUCAUGGAUACGGAGAAGAUCAAUUUGCUAGCUGAGAAUGACAUCCUUCUGGGAUACGUGGAUGCAGUUUUACUCUUUGGACAUGCUUUGAAAGUCCUUUGUUCAGACAAGAAUCAGUUGGUCCUGUUAAUUUGCUUAAACCAAUUCCGGAAUAGCACAUUUGAAGGUAUUUUAGGUCAGAUCUUGGAUGGAUAUGGAGAUAUUGAUGUCAAUUUCAGUAUUUUCUACACAUCAACAGAUACCAAAGAAUUUAAACCCCUCCUGUGGUUCGACACAAAGUUGAACAAAACUGUUGAGAAGACAACGAUGCCUGGAUUCAUCUGGAAAAACCACAUGCUACCUACUGAUACUCCUAGCAGUGGUCCCCACUUCCUGGCCAUAGCUGUUUUCACACUUACUGGAAUUGUGGUGCUAGUUGUGAUCAUUGCUUUGUUGGUGCUGAGGAAGUACAGAAGAGCCAAUCAAUUGCGGCAAAAGAGAUGGUCCCAUAUUCCACCGGAGAAGAUACUACCAUUGAAUACUAAUGAGUCAAAUCAUGUUAGUCUGAAGAUUGAUGAAGACAAAAGGCGGAAUACUGUUCAAAGGCUGCGUCAAGGCAAAUAUGAUAAGAAGAUAAUAAUUCUGAAGGAGUUCAAACACAAUGAUGGAAAUUUUACAGAGAAACAGAAAAUAGCUCUAAAUAAGCUCCUUCAAAUUGACUAUUACAACCUGACUAAAUUCUAUGGAACAGUCAAGAUGGACACAAUGAUCUAUGGAGUAAUUGAGUACUGUGAAAGGGGCUCAUUGCGGGUCUUUCUCUUGUUUUCAUCUCAGGAUGUCUUAAAUGAUAAAAUCUCCUACCCUGGAACCUUCAUGGACUGGGAAUUUAAAAUUUCUGUCAUGUAUGACAUUGCUAAGGGAAUGUCUUACUUGCAUUCAAGCAAAACAGAGGUCCAUGGGCGCCUGAAAUCCACAAAUGGUGUUGUUGAUAAGCGCAUGGUUGUGAAAAUCACUGAUUUUGGCUGCAAUUCUAUUCUGCUCUCUAAAAAAGAUCUCUGGACUGCUCCUGAACACCUCCGCUGUGGUGAUGAAUCGCAGAAAGGUGAUGUGUAUAGCUAUGGAAUUAUAGCUCAAGAGAUUAUUCUGCGUAAAGAGACUUUCUACACUAACCAUUGUCGGAAUGCUAAAGAAAAACUUUAUAGAGUAGAAAGCAGCAAAGAAGAAAGACCAUUCCGGCCAGAUCUUUUAUUGGAGACAGAAGGAGAGCGAGAGCGAGAGCAAGAUAUAUAUUGUCUAGUGAAAAGCUGCUGGGAAGAAGAUCCAGAAAAGAGGCCAGAUUUUAAGAAAAUUGAAACUACUCUAGGUAGGAUAUUUAGCAACUACCACAACCAAAACAAUGAGAGCUAUAUGGACACAUUGAUCCGACGCCUGCAGUUGUAUUCGCGAAACCUGGAGCAUUUAGUAGAAGAGAGAACCAAGCUGUACAAAGCAGAACGAGAUAGAGCUGACAAACUAAAUUUCAUGCUUCUCCCACGGCCUGUGGUAAAAUCUUUGAAGGAGACUGGACUUGUGGAGCCAGAAUUAUUUGAAGAAGUCACCAUCUACUUCAGUGACAUUGUGGGCUUUACAACCAUAUGUAAAUACAGCACACCUAUGGAAGUGGUAGACAUGCUGAAUGACAUCUACAAGAACUUUGACCACAUUCUUGAUCAUCAUGAUGUUUAUAAGGUGGAGACUAUUGGAGAUGCAUAUAUGGUAGUAAGUGGUUUACCAAACAGAAAUGGUAACCGUCAUGCAGUGGACAUUUCCAUGAUGGCCCUGGAUAUACUCAGUUUCAUGGGGUCAUUUGAAUUACAACAUCUUCCUGGCCUUCCUGUAUGGAUUCGAAUAGGAAUUCAUUCUGGUCCGUGUGCAGCUGGUGUGGCCUGGGAUGUAAAAUGCCCCUGUUACUGCUUGUUUGGAGACACGGUGAACACAGCUUCAAGAAUGGAGUCUACAGGAUUACCUUUGCGGAUUCAUGUAAGUGGUUCCACUAUUGAUAUUCUGAAGAGGACAGACUGUCAGUUCCAGUAUGAAGAACGAGGAGAAACUAUGGAGAAUCAGCAGCGUUUGCAGGCUGACUUUGCUGAGAUGAUAAAGGACUCUUUGCAAAAAAGACCAAAGGGAGAUUGCCAGAUGCAAAAACAUUUCGUGCAGACUAGCUACUGCAAAGACACCCUGGAAUAUCUGCAGUUGGCUACUACAGGACACUCUGCCACUUCUCUGUAAAACUAAAUAGGAACAAGUUAGGAAUAAAAUGAUUUUGUGUUCCCACCAUCGCCACCCAUUUGCAAGAUUGAAGAGAGCAAGACUAGUUAAAAACAAGAAUGUUGCUCAUCCUUUAAGUAUCGUUAUAUCAGUAACAGUCUGAUGUCACCUUUUCAAACUAGCAAGCAUUAUUUAAAAGACAUACAAGUUUUCAUCACUAGAGUUUAUUUUUUUAAUAGAAUGUGUUAGUUUGCAACAAUGCUUGGCUACCAUAGACUAACAUGGCUCUCUGUAAUAUCGUCUGUAUUGUAUUCGUCUCAUUACAUAAGUAAUUAAUAAACUGUGAAAAGAUACCCUUUGCUGCAUUUCCAACAUGCAAAUAAUUUAAUGCAAGCUGCUUCUGCUGACAUUAUUAGAGCCUUUACUAGUACCCUGCUUUUUGGAUGUGCAGGUAGAAAAGGAAGAGACUGUCAACUACCAGUAGUAUCUUUUAGACUCAGUACAUUGCUUAUGGUUAUAAAGGAAGAAUUUUAUCUGUUAUUUAA